UUGAGAAUAAAUGGAAUGUGCCUUUUGCCAGGCGACAUAGAAUCCAAUAUAGAUUCUUUGAAUCCUGAUGUGGGUCCCUAAAUUUUGUCAUCACAGCUUCAAUCGCCUCUACUAUUUAGCACAGGAUUUCCAAUCGCAACGAGAAAUUUCAAUCAAUCUUUCCCCUGCCGAAUAGUAGUGCACAUCAUACACUUUGGAACUAAUCCAUGUUGUCUGCAGCACUGUUCCAGUAAGAGAUUGAGGAAGGUGAAUGGUGAUGAGAGCAUUAGGACGGUUUGCUCAUGGCAGAAACCUUCCCUCCACGAUCCCAACAUCGCCAUUACUACUUCAGAGUUCCAGAAUUUUAAAGCCAAGUCCCAUCUCCAAUGUUUCAAAUGCAAUUUUGUUCUACAGCCACCACCUGUUCGAUGCAAUGACUGAACCGACAAUUUUAUCCUUCCGCACUCUCAGUCUCCUAAAAAACAACUCUUUCGAGCCUGAUCAUGUCAAUACUGUUCACUGCUUAUCACUUAAAACCAACACCUUAUCUGACCUUUCGGCCCGUACGUCCCUUCUAACUGCAUAUGCUGGGGCUCAGGAUUUGGACUCUGCAGUAGCCCUUUUUGAUGAGACUGUCACCAGAGAUGUAAUCUUGUGGAAUGCAAUUAUCAGUGCGUUUGUUCUUAAUUGCCAUUUCAGAAGUUCUAUUCUUCUGUUUCAGGAAAUGGUUGAGAAGUUUGGAGAGUUUGAUUCUACAACAUUAUUGAUUGUGUUGUCUGCCUUUUCUCGCACUCGCAAUCUGAAGUAUGCAACAACUUUGCAUGGCACCAUAAUAAAGAAACGUUUUUGUGUGGAUGUUAAUCUCUGCAAUGCUUUGAUUGAUAUGUAUGCUAAGUGUGAUGACAUUAGUUCUUCUGAACUAGUUUUCAAGGAGAUGGAAGUCAAGGAUGUGGCUUCUUGGAACUGCAUGAUCAAUGGAUGCACACAUAAUGAGCUACCUAAAAGAUCAUUGUACUAUUUCAGAAAAAUGAGAUUCUUGAAUGUUGAAGAAGAUUCAGUGAGCCUAUUGAGUGUGAUAGCAGCUUGUUCUUUGCUUGAAGAAUUAUCAGUUGUUGGUGAAUCAGUGCAUGGCCUUGCAAUCAAAAUGGGAUAUCAAACUGUGGUCAGUAUAUCAAACUGCCUUAUUUCACUCUACUUUGCACAUGGACAUAUUGAAGCAGCAGCAAUGGUGUUUAAAGGCAUCAUAAACAAGAAUGUAGUUUCAUGGAACUCCAUGGUGAGUGGAUUAUUGGAUAAUGGUCAAUUGAAUGAAGCAUUCAUCCAUUUUCUGGAAAUGCAGUCAAAAUUCAUGAUUCAACCUGAUGAUACUUCAUUAGUAGCAAUCAUUCCAGCUUGUGGCAAUUCAAACCUACUUUAUGAAGGGAAAUCUAUUCAUGCAUUUGCUUUUCGAAGGGGAAUAGAGCCACUGAGUUCUUCAGUAGAAAAUUCAUUGCUUGGCAUGUACAUGGAGUGUGGUGAUGUUAAAUCUGCAAAUAAUCUCUUCAAGUGGAUGCCUACAAAGGACAUAAUUUCAUGGAAUACAAUGAUAUCUCAGUUAUGUCAAAAUAGUUCAUUAAAGGAGGAGGCACAAAUGUUAUUCCGUGAAUUGCUUCGAAGUGAGCUGAGAUGCAACACAAUUAGUUUGAUAGCAAUUAUUCCUUCAUGCAAUUGUCCUGAAGAUCUUUACUUCGGGAAGGCGCUUCAUACUUGCCUCAUCAGAUAUGGGUUCUCACAUAGUGUUUCAGCCGUCAAUGCCCUUAUGCUAAUGUAUAUCAACUCUGGUUAUCUGCAUGCUUCUGCCAUUUUGUUAGACGGCAUUUUAGGAAGAUCGGAUGUUGUAUCAUGGAAUACAUUGAUAGUGGGUUAUGUGCAGAAUGGUUCUUACAAGGAUGCGCUACGAUAUUUUGCAUUCAUGCACUCCUUUUUUCCUGUGAAACCUGACUCCAUCACAUUCGUUAGCGCUUUAUCAGCAUGUGGGCACUUAGCAUUGUUGUUUUAUGGCCAAUCUCUGCACGGGUUAGCUCUGAAGAGCCUUGUAGAUUCUGAUGUUAGCGUAAAGAACGCAUUACUGACCAUGUAUUUUCGUUGCAAUGAUUCUAAGAGUGCAGAGGCAUUGUUCAAAGUGGAAGGUGACAGGAAUGUAUGUACUUGGAAUUGUAUGAUUUCCGGUUUUGUGCAGAACAUUGAAGGCGGCAAGUCUUUAAAGUUGUUUCGAAGUAUGGAAGGCGUACCAAAUGAAUUUACCAUUGUUAGCAUCCUGUGUGCAUGCACUCAACUAGGUGAUCUCAGACAUGGAAAGGAGGUUCAUGGCUAUGUGUUCAGGUUUUUCCUAGAAGAGAAUACAUUUAUAUUGUCAGCACUCGUCGAUAUGUACAGCAAGUGUGGAAGACUAGACAUUGCUAGUCUGGUUUUCGAAAGCUCCAAGGAAAGAUCAGUCGCCUCUUGGAACUCGAUGAUUGCAGCAUACGGAAUGCAUGGGGAAGGAAGAAAAUCCAUUGAGCUUUUCACAAGCAUGUGCAAAUCCGCUGUCAAAACCACCAAAAGCACAUUUGUUGCUCUUUUAUCAGCUUGCAGACACUGUGGACUUGUCAAUGAAGGAUUGAAGUACUUCAACGAUAUGUCGCAGAAACACGGAAUUGAACCAAAUGUUGAGCACUGUGUUCAUGUGAUUGAUAUGCUGGGUCGUACUGGAAGACUUACCGAUGCGCAAGAGCUUAUAGAGAAAUUGCCUUUCAAAGAAGAGCCAGGGGUGUGGGGAGCUUUGCUAAGCGCUUGUCGCGAUCAUGGCAAUCUCAAUAUAGGCAAAACAGCAGCACAAAAGCUAUUUUGCUCAGAACCUGAGAACACAGGCUAUUAUGUCACACUUUCAAACUUGUUUGCCAACCGCGAAAUGUGGAAUGAAGCUGUGAAGACAAGAGGGUUGAUUCUUGAAAGAGGAUUGCUAAAGCCACCAGGAUGCAGUGUUGUUGAUGUACUUAGCGGCUGACCUUUGUUCUUUACGUGUGCAUACAAUACAAACUUAUGGCAGAGCAGAUUCUCCUGCAGCAUCAGGGAGUUCAUCUUAUUCAUUCUCAAUUUGCCUAGUUCAGCAAACUUAAGAUUGCUGGAGUGUGGAAAGUGGGAUUAAAUUACAAUGUAUUCCUUUCUAUUGCAUGUAAAUUUUGUUGUAUUAGAAAC